AGAUAUGGCUUUUAAAGAACCGUUUCCAAUCGUAUUAGUUAUGGAAGUGGAGUGAAAUAGCUUCAUCGAGAGAUAAAAAAAAACAGUUGUGCAGUCGCUCAUUCUAGAAAUAUCACCUUUUGUUCAAUGACACUGAUUGGAGAAAUUCACGCUGACUGCAUACUCUAGAUUACAGUAGCAGGGUAACUUAACACACACAACAAUUGCACGUGUGUAUAUCUAUCUAUCUAUCUAUCUAUCUAUAGAUUUAUAAAUAAACUUGGUAAAAAAAAAAAAAAAUCGAUAACCCGCUAGAGAGAGAUUGAACUCGCACCGACACCUACGAUACCAGUUCAGUAUCAUAAGAUUUAUUACAGCCACUGCUACCACCGGCCUUAUAUAAUCAGAGCGGAAGUGGAGAAGUUGUUACUAUCUCUCGCUCAUUUGUUUUCAAAACAACAUGUUUCGUGCGCUGUACCGAAUUUCUAGGACGAAUCUCAGUUUCAUAUCUUCAGUGUCAGAGUCUCCUGUACGACAUUCAAGUGUAGCACCAUGCUGGUAUCUAAAGCAUUCUGCCAACAGACCUUCAUCAUCAUCAUCAUCAGCAGCAAAUGUACCAGCUGUCACUGUAGGAGAAUUAUGCAACAACUGGACAAUAAAGAUGUCAUUGUCGGGUAUUCCUGAAGCAAAACAGUCAGCAGAAUUGAUCAUAGCUAACGUUCUUCACUUGCCAACUUUACACAAUGUGCUCAGUUCUGUUACCCUUACCCCAGAUCAAGUUACCCAAGUUAAAUUGAACUGUGAAAAGAGAAUGCACAGAAUUCCAUUGCAAUACAUUAUUGGAGAAUGGGAUUUCUGCGACCUAACUUUAAAGAUGCAGCCCCCAGUUUUUAUCCCAAGACCAGAAACUGAGCAACUUGUUGGCCAUAUUUUGAGCUUCUUGGAUGCAGAAAAAAAAGAAACGAAAGGCAGAUUUUUGGAAAUUGGUUGUGGUUCUGGUAGUCUGAGUUUGGCCUUGCUGCAUAAACUCACUCAGUGGAAUUGCGUGGCUACAGAUAUAUCAAAAGAAUCUCGCUAUCUGACCCACGAAAAUGCCCAUCGAUGCAAACUUGCAGAUCGAAUCCAAAUUAUAGAGCAUGACAUCAACAAAGGCGCAGAGAGAUUGAAGGAGUUCUCUCCCUUCGACUUCCUUGUCAGUAACCCACCUUAUAUCAACGAUAAAGAUAUGAAAACUCUUUUACCAGAAGUGAAAUUUUACGAAGACCAACGAGCUCUACGUGGAGGAAAGGAUGGAUUGGAUCUCAUUAAAGCUGUUUUAAAGACAGCAUGCCAUCUGGUGUCUCCUUCAGGAUCAAUUUGGCUUGAGGUUGACUGUAGCCACAUAUCAGAGCUAUAUAAGUGGGUUGUAUCAGAGACAAAGCUCUGCUUACGGACUGUCAAUAUACUUCCUGACUCCUCUGGAAAAGACCGUUUCUUCCAUUUUAUGAGGACUGAAGAUGAUUCAGGACCAGCUUAAGCAAAACAACAGGUUUAUUUCAAAACUU